AUGAAGACUAGGUUAAAGAUUAUGCAGAACAUUUCGACACUUUUGUAUCAAAUUGAUGCAACGUUUACUGGAACAUAUGGAGUAAACUAUGGCAGGUUAGCGGACAACAUACCAUCACCUCAUAGUGUGGUGACACUUCUCAAAGCAGCAAAGAUCAAGAACAUCAGAAUAUAUGAUGCUGCACCCGAAGUCCUCACCGCAUUCAAGGGAUCAGGAAUCGAAAUAGUAGUUGGACUUGGCACUGAGUUCCUCAAGGAAAUCAGCAUAGGGGAGGAUCGCGCCAUAACUUGGAUCAAAGAGAAUGUCCAGCCAUACCUACCAGGGACUCACAUUUCCGGAAUAGCAGUCGGAAAUGAGAUCUUGGGGGCACCUGAUAGGGUACUCUGGGAGGUCUUGUUGCCUGCAGUGAAGAAUGUUUACAGUGCUCUUGGCCAGCUUGGUUUGGCUAGCAGCAUUGAGGUCUCAAGUCCACAUUCUGAGGCUGUUUUCGCCAAUUCUUACCCACCAUCUGCUUGCAUUUUCAAAGAAGAUAUUGCCGGUUACAUGAAGCCACUUUUGGAGUUCUUUUCGCAGAUUAAAUCUCCGUUUUACAUAAACGCAUAUCCAUUCCUGGCUUAUAAGAGUGACCCUGAGCACAUUAACCUCAACUAUGCUCUAUUCAAGUCAAAUCCCGGAAUUCUAGACACAAAGACUAAUCUCCACUAUGACAACAUGUUUGAUGCCAUGGUUGAUGCAUCUUAUUUUGCUUUGGAGAAGGCUGGAUAUGACAAGAUGGAAGUCAUAGUAUCCGAAACUGGUUGGGCAUCUAAGGGGGACCAAGAUGAAGCAGGAGCAGAUGCACAAAAUGCCAGGACUUACAACCUGAAUUUGAAGAAAAGGCUGGCCAAGAAGAAGGGGACUCCUCAUAGGCCAAAGAUGGUGGUGAAAGCUUAUAUAUUUGCUUUGUUCAAUGAGAACUUGAAACCGGGGCCAACGUCUGAGAGGAAUUUCGGAUUGUUUAAAGCAGAUGGGAGCAUUUCGUAUGACAUUGGGUUCACUGGACUUGUUGCACCAAAUGCAGCAUCCUCAUCUCUUCUUAAUUACAAGGGCAUGGGAUUUCGAGGUUGGUUUCAUUCUUCACAUACCUGGGUUUUCACAAGUUGUGCUGCUGUUCUGCUUCUGAUAUUAUCGUCCACGUAACGAAAGGCUCGAUCGUUUGCUUCGGGUGAUGCUGAACAGUUGAAGAGCUUCUAGUUCUUACGUUAUCAAUCCUAACAUCUCCAUGUAUAGCCAAUUCAUUUUCUAGUUUUAGAUUAUAAUUUAUUGUACAUUAGAUGAAGAUCUAAAUUGCUGACGGUUUUCUAAUAACACUCCAGCAAUGUACAACACU